UUUGUAAUGCGCCAUUUGCAUAUCAAAAAAGCUGUAAGGUAGCAAGAGUACAUUUCAGUUAGUAUGUCAAUAACUGUUAAAUCUUGGUUGUGAAAAUGAAACUAUUGCUCAUUUUGAUAUUGCUGGUCAGUUUCUCAAUGACAGUUUCAAUAAACUAUAUUGCCUAUACUUUUGAGCUUGAAACGAAGUUGGGCAUUUUUUUCGAAAAUGCCUGUACAGACAGACAAACAGGCAAGAUUUAUGUUGGGGCUAAAAAUAAGUUGUACAAACUUGGAGAAAAUUUAGAGAUGAUAUCUGAGAUAGACACUGGACCUGCAGUGGAUAACGUUAACUGUCUCUAUAUACGUGGAUGUUCUCUUCCCGAAACUCUAACCGAUAGUUACAGUAAAGCAAUUCUCAUAGAUUAUGAGAAUAAUCGUUUAAUUCACUGUAUUAGUCUACACAAUGGUAUUUGUGUGAAACAUGAUCUUAAGAAUAUUACGAGAACAGAAGACCAGAUCUAUUUACCUAUGGUAGCUAAUACUGAUUCAGCUACAACGUUUGCGUUUAUUGCUCCAGGGCCGGUAAGGGAUGAAAAUGAUCAUUGGGCAUUGGUGCUUAAUAUUGGAGUUCAAUACGCAAACAAUGGCCCAGUCCAGGACAGGAUUCCGAGUUUUGCAAGCAGAAAUUUGUAUGACUUUUCACUGGUUAAUACGGAUCUUCUCCAGCAGUCUGAACUCCGCUUAGAUUUCACCAGUAAAAUUUCAUUUCCAAUCCGCUAUGUUUAUGGAUUUAGCUCUGGAAAUUAUAGUUACAUGAUUACUGUUCAGAAAGUUAAGCCUUAUAAUGAAACUUAUGUAAGUAAAAUUUUCCGCGUGUGUCAAAGAGACAGAAAUUUCUUCACUUAUGCAGAAAUACAACUCCAGUGUCGGAACAACGGAACUCUGUACAAUCUUGCCCAGUCAGCUUAUCUUGGUAAGGCUGGGAGCCAGCUAGCAGAGGGAUUGAAUAUUUCAGCAACCCAAGAUGUUCUCUAUGUCACCUUUUCAAUUGGAGAGCCGGGUUCAAGUGUUCCUACUAAUGAGUCUGCAUUGUGCAUUUACCCAAUGAGUAAUGUUGGAAAGGUGUUUACAAGAAAUAUCAAGGAAUGUUUUGAAGGGAAAGGACAAACUGGCCCAGAGCAUUUUUCCUAUUCUGAAAAGUGCAUAACAGUACCAGGUUUGGAAAUUGAUGAAACAUACUGUAACAAAUACCAAAGAUUCUUUGAACAGCCAGUAGAUGGCCCUAUUCCUGUAGGAGUUGAUGCUGCCAUAACAUUUCAAAGUGUGGCAUCUGCGUUAACUGUAGAUGUCACGUCUAAUUACACGAUUGCCUUUGCUGGAAGUGGAAAAGGACACAUUUUCAAGGUUGUCAUGGAGACCCAGACAUCUGCAACAGUAUAUGAAGAUGUAGAAAUAGCAGAGGGUGAUGCUAUAAAAUCUAGCUUGCUGUUUGACAUUGGGCAUGAACAUAUUUAUGUCAUGACAGAUUACAAGUUGUACAAGAUGAAGCUUUAUGAAUGUUGUCAGUACACCACUUGUACUACCUGCCUUGGUGCUAACAACCCAUACUGUGGAUGGUGUUCGCUGGAGAACAAAUGCAGUGUGCAAAAAGAAUGUAACCAAACUGAUGAGAUGGGGUGGCUGCCAUAUAGUGAAAAUUUUUGUCCUAACAUCACUAAUGAGAAUGCAGAUAUUCAACAGAUUCCAGCCUUAACUUCCAUUCACCCGAACACAGGUCCUCAGUCAGGGGGUACAUUGGUUACUAUAUACGGGCAGUAUUUGUAUACUGAUAUAGCUACAACUGUAACAAUUGGAGGGCAUUGUUGUUCUCUGACAGAUCCAGACAGGGCUCGUUAUUCCUCGGAAAAUGCAAGUUCUAACGAGUCCAAUCCAGUAUCUUAUACAGAUUUGUUGAACUUCAGAAAAUAUUCAUCUAAUCCAAAUGAACUUGUUUGUAAGACAAGUACAGCAUAUAAAAGUCAACUGAACAAACAGCUAGACGUUGUGGUACAUAUCAAUGGAACCAGGGUUUCGGCGGACAAGAAUAUGACAUAUACAUAUGUUGAAGACCCCAAAAUCACAUCCAUACAUCCUAAGAGAAGCUUUCAGAGUGGAGGCAGAGCGUUAACAAUAGAAGGAUCAAAUCUGUUUGCUACACAGAUACCAAUGAUGUAUGCAGUUAUUGAUGGUGUCCAGAUGGGUCCUGAGAACUGUACAAGGGAUAACACUGCAGUAAUUUACUGUCCCACCCCGAAGUACAUAGAUCCAUCCACUGGUUCUGUAGAAGAAACAGAUUUUGUGAAUGCAAGGUUAGGGUUUAAGAUGGACAGUGUAACUUCUGUUACCGCUGACAACCUUCCUCUUAACCUGGGAAAUAUCAUGUACUAUCCAGAUCCAUCUCUGCAGAACUUCACAGAAGUCAUGGAAGUCAAUAACACACAGGAUCACGUUGUUAUUAAAGGUACUCGUCUCUCACUUGCAGCAGAUGGCCCUGAUGUAAAGGUAUAUAUCGGAUGUGGGACAUGUGAUGUAAUUUCAAUGACAGCUGAGGUAAUAGUAUGUAAACCUCCAGAAGAUAAACCAGUAUGUGAUGAAUCAAAUGAACAACAGUUUAUUGUAAAUGUAUCGAUAGGCAACUUUCACCAAAGUGUUGGAUUACUUUCUUUCAAGGUCAAAUCUCAGUCAGCAAAACCAAGUAAUAUUGGCACGUUGGUGAUUGUUAUAGCUGUCAUUUGUGUAACUGUUAUACUUUCCACAGGUGCCAUCCUGAUGUUUUGUAGAUACAGAAAGAAACACUCUGAAGGGGGAAAUACGAUAUUGUUUUGGAAUGAAAAUGGUGUAGAGGAGGUUGGGCUAAUUCAUGAUAGCGAGUGAGAGAAAUCUCCUGAGCAGAACUGCCUGCAACAUGUUACAUAACAUUAAACUGGCGUAGAGGACGGGUAAAGAUUCACAUGACACAUAUCAAAACAGUGAAAAACUCUAUUUGUUUACUAAUGAUAGAACAUUUUUACAUAUCAUUUAACAUUUUUACAUAUCAUAAACUGUGAUUUAAAGUAAAUAGUUAAUUGCUGUGAUAUAUUGUGCCUUUGUGUAAAAAGUGAGCAUAUUUCAACAUUCCAUUAUGCAAUACGCAAGUGCUUUGGAACAGUCUACCAGAAGGAGUACUGUCAGCCCUGUCCCUAGAUGUCUUCAAGACCAGGAUGGGCGGGCUACACAUGUAACUCUGAAGCAGAAGGUUUUUAUCCUGUUUUAGAUGCACUGAAUUUCCCUUCACACAUGUACAUAGUCACAAUUGUGCGACGAGUCCAGCACAUUAUCUGAAAGAAGAAACAUCUGCCCAUUGUGCUUUAAUAGCCUAUUCUUGGGCCCCAUUAGAAAUAAGUCAGACCUGUACUAAAGACUGUCUGUAAAGGGAGACAACCUUGCACUAAAACUUUGUGUAUUUUAUUAACGUCUGCAAACAAGACAUUUUUGUAUUCUUCCAAGCAUUCUUUUUACAGUAUGUUUGGCAGUAUGUCGGUGAGACUUAAUAACUUAAUAUUAUUUGGAUGUUAUUCAGUUUUAUAUCUAUGUUGACAGUUAAGCCAACAAAACAUGUUAUUUUUAUCAUUGUAUUUUAUUUCAUCAUGUAUGAGGUCACUAUUUUUUUUCAAAAUGAUAAUAGGUAUAGCUGUUUCAUCCAUAUAUUGUCAACUCUUCAGAUAAAAUACUGUAUUUUGUUUUAUUUCUACAAGAUAUUUUUAUUAAAUGUGCCAUAUCAUAAUACAUUGUAAUGAAGAAAUGAUUUUCUUUUUGGAGUUCAUGCGAAAUGAUCAGAGAGUAGUGCCAGCGAUUCAUGUUUCAUUUGCCAUUCCUAUUCUGUCAUUCAUUUUCUGUUCACCAGACGGAACAGCUGUGACAUCAUCUAAGGAACGUUCUCCCAGACUAUACGCGGACAUUGUCAAAACAGCGACCUUUCAUCACUAAGCACUGUUGUUGUAACUGGUGCCUUUCCUUUUGCUGUCUAUACAAAACGAACAUAGAAAAGAAAUUUGCAAAUAUAAAUAUGAAAGAAUAAAUCAACAAAGUUUUCCAGCUCUUUGUCUGUUAACUUCCAGGUUAAAUGUUAGUGUAUUCCACACAACUCAACAUGACAUUCCAUUGAGGAAGCACUAUGAUAAAGUUGUUCAUUGCUACAACUAAACAUCUUUAUUUAUAUGAAUUAAAAAUUGUUUAAAAAAAAUUUGACCCAAACAUGCAUACUGGAGACUGAAGUCUGUUCCUAAUUACUGGUCAGGGGCCACCAACCGGACGCUUUUAGAGGUUUUUCGCCAUUUUCUCUUUCAUUUCCUUCAUUACAACUGUGAAAUUUCACAUGAACAUAGUUAGGUGCACCCUCAAGAAGAAGACUUAAUUUGAUUACCCCUAACGAAUGAUUAAUGUUCUUUCCAGGGCCGAAUGUAGGGUCAACUAAACCACUUACUUUCACUGCUUGGCAGUACCAUAUAUAUGGACAGUUUUUUAGCUCACCUGUCACAAAGUGACAAGGUGAGCUUUUGUGAUCGCGCGGUGUCCGUCGUCCGUCCGUCCGUAAACUUUUGCUUGUGACCACUCUAGAGGUCACAUUUUUCAUGGGAUCUUUAUGAAAGUUGGUUAGAAUGUUCAUCUUGAUGAUAUCUAGGUCAAGUUCGAAACUGGGUCACGUGGGGUCAAAAACUAGGUCAGUAGGUCUAAAAAUAGAAAAACCUUGUGACCUCUCUAGAGGCCAUAUAUUUCACAAGAUCUUCAUGAAAAUUGGUCAGAAUGUUCACCUUGAUGAUAUCUAGGUCAAGUUCGAAACUGGGUCACGUGGGGGUCAAAAACUAGGUCAGUAGGUCUAAAAAUAGAAAAACCUUGUGACCUCUCUAGAGGCCAUAUUUUUCAUGAGAUCUUCAUGAAUAUUGGUCAGAAUAAUUAUCUUGAUGAUAUCUAGGUCAAGUUCGAAACUGGGUCACUUAGGGUCAAAAACUAGGUCAUUAGGUCUAAAAAUAGAAAAACCUUGUGACCUCUCUAGAGGCCAUAUUUCUCAAUGCAUCUUCAUGAAAAUUGGUCAGAAUGUUCAUCUUGAUGAUAUCUAGGUCAAGUUCGAAACUGGGUCAUGUGGGGUUAAAAACUAGGUCAGUAGAUCUAAAAAUAGAAAAACCUUGUGACCUCUGUAGAGGCCAUAUUUUUCAUGAGAUCUUCAUGAAUAUUGGUCAGAAUGUUCACCUUGAUGAUAUCUAGGUCAAGUUCGAAACUGGGUCAUGUGCGGUCAAAAACUAGGUCAUUAGGUAAAUAAUAGAAAAACCUUGUGACCUCUCUAGAGGCCAUAUUUUUCAAUGGAUCUUCAUGAAAAUUGGUCAGAAUUUUUUAUCUUGAUGAUAUCUAGGUCACAUGUGCUCAAAAACUAGGUCAUUAUGUCAAGUAAUAGAAAUAACGAUGUCAUACUCAGUUGAACACUGGGUCAUGUGGAGAUAGGUGAGCGAUUCAGGACCAUCAUGGUCCUCUUGUUUUACAACUUAUGGGAACCUCUGUACUGAUGACAUUUUGCUAUGUGAUGUGAAAACGAGUCAAAGUAUUCAUUAUUGGCCUGAAAGAUAUAAAUUUUAUUCAGAUUUUUUUGUUUGGAAAACUACUAUAUGAUAGUAAGAAAUACAGUGCGGAUUUCCAAAAUCCCCCAUGAUAGUUUCAUGCUUCAGUAUGAAUGACGAAAUCAAAAAAUGAAAUUUCCUCCUCAAUAAGUUAUUUUUGUUAGAUAUAAUUCAACAUCAUUGUUAAAAAAUCAGAUGUGUGUUUGACUUAUAAAAGAUUGCUAAAAAUACAGCAAAAUUUAGCAGCUACGAAACUGUCCAAUUUGGUGGUCCUCAACCAGUAGUACUUAGAAGACACUUGUACUCACAAACUUCAUAGGGAGACAGCUUUUGAUUAAUAGAUGACCAGUUUGUUUUUGGGGUCAAAAGUCAUUUUCACUGUGACCUGGAGACUGAGAAUGGUUUACGAUAAAAAAAACCAAAAAACUAAUGAAUGCUUUUGCAUUAUGGUGACCAUGUAAGCUUCAUAGGAUUGUUUGUGGUCAGAAUAUAACCCCUAUCAAUUUUUUGGUCAGUAAGUCAUAAGUAAUGGUUAGUGAUCUCGAGAUAAAACAAUCAAUACCUGGAGGCUAGAGAAUACUUAGAUCCAUGGCUGUCAAACUUUGUAGCAUAAUAAUUGUGAAUGGCCAUUCAGUGACCCCUAUUAUUUCAGGGAUCAGGUCUAAGUUUAUAUCAGUACCUGUAGAAUGCUUGAGGUUAUAGUCAUCAAACUUCCUAGCAUGUUUAUUGCCAGUGAUCUGUCAUCCCUGUUGUGUUAAGGGUUAAGAUGUCAAAGGCCAAGGAUGCAGUGACUUGGAGAGUUUUAAAAUAUAUAUGGUUUAUACCAGGAGACUUUUUACAAACUUCAGUGCAUUUUUGUCUUAAGUUCAGUAGAUGAUCCCCUGUCGGUUUUGGGACCAUAAGGUCAAAGGUCGUGAUCAAAGCAUACUACAGACUGAAAAUUACACAUCUGGUUGCCUUUGUCAGGCCAUUAUGGACAGGCUCGACUGUGUUUUUAUUAACAGCUCUUCUAAGUACAGGUUGAAUGUAUUGAAAAAUAGGUAGACUGCAAGGAAUUCGAGGAUAAGGGGCUGUACUGAUACAUGUUAAGAAACAUGUAUCCCCUAAGUACAUGUAACUAACAGGUAUAUGACUCAUAAGGAAAAGGUAAAUUUUAAUCUGUUUUUAAACAAUAGUUGAUUAAUUGGACAUGAUACAUUUGCCAUGAAAAUGAUUUCAUUCAGUACAUUUAUGCUCAAUGAAACUAUUGAUAUUAUGAAUUAGAUGAGAUUUUAACAUUUUAUGGAGGAAUAUAAAUCUUAUUUUGGAUUUGUAGACAAUGAUGAAUAAGCAUGUUUAUUAUUGAUAUUCUUAUACUAGGGCAAAGCAUCUAUUAUCGGCCCUUGUAGCUGUAAUAUUAUGUGCUAGCCUUCGUAAAUCUGUCAUUCCAUUUUCCGCCAAAUACAUUUUUGUAGUACCAUUUGAAAUAACAUUUUUCAUGGGUCAACUUCAGUACUUUUAGUAACUGUUUAAGAAAAUAUAUCCAAUGAAAAUCUUUGCUACAUUUUACACAAUAAGUGUAGCAUAUAUCGACCCUUGCAUCAUUUAUCGACCCCCUAAAAGUACUGAAGUUUUUCUUAAAAAAUUAAAGUUAAUGAAAUUUGUUAUGCGACAAACAAGGAGAUUCUCGAAUGAUGAGCACGUGUUGGUAAAUGUUGCGGGUCCAACGUAAGCAAGUUAGGGAUCCCAAAUCAGUUUUGGCCGAAGUCAAAAGGCCCGAGAUUUAUAAAAUCGUUUCAUCUGCCUUUUUAUAUUUUUCUAUUAUUUGUAGAUCUCAUCAACCAUGUUUAGGUUCAAUUUAAUCUGAGUUGCUGAGUUGUAGAUAAUCCAUUAAGGAUAUAUACUUAUGAAGUGUGUGUGUAUCGAUUUCCAUUACCCUCGGUACCUGUAUGUUGUGUAAGGAUGCCGUUGUGCAGAGUAAAGCUUGUUUUCAUUAUAGAUCUAUAACCGUAUCAAAGAAUGCAUGACUCGCACUUAUUUUCCAUAAAUUUAAAAAAGAAAUUACCAUGUCCAAAAUGCUAAAUACACAUUUGUAAAUAUCUGCUCGAAUUUUUAAAAUAAUUAUACUGUUACUGUGGCCCCGGAAAGGCGCUUGGCCUGUGCCAUCAUAGAGACCUAAUAGUCUCAGUUUUUUCAACUGCAGGGCAGACUGAUUUCACAGACUGUCAUUUACCAUAUAUCUUUAUAUUUCUAUGUUCAUUAUUAUAUAGAUUAUUGGCGUUAUCAGCAUUUAAAUGUCAUCAAACCUGUUAUGAAACUUUACAGUCGGGGGUCGAUAAAUGAUACAAUGUAUAAAGAGCAUAACGUAUUAUCGACCCUGCUAUUACUGUUAAUUAAACCGAGAUAAAUGGACAUUUCAAUAAAUUUUACCGAUCUACUUUCUUUUCUUGGAAUAACUUUUCAUAACAGAACUCCAGAAACAGAAAACAGUGAUACAUGAGAUUGUCAAAAAUUUCACACUCUCCUUAUCUGUGACAAUUAUUUUCAACCAAAUUUUUUCAAAUUUCUCCUGGCAGCAAAACUUGGCUAAUAAACAAAUUUCGCGAAGAGGUAUGAUGACGUCAUAAACUGCCUCACUAUCUGUUUUACUUCAUGUGACAAAAUAUGCGAAUAUAAAGGAGAACUCGAGAGGGGUCGAUAUUUGAAGGGGGUUGACAUUAGAUGCAGUUGCUCUAGUACUGGUAUACAACAUGUAUAAUACAUUUUUCUUUAGUUUUGAACAUUAAGUGCUUAUUUAUUCAAGUAGAUAAUGACAUUGUGUUUUGUUUUGUGUGUUAUUAUAAUCUUAGUGUAUAUCCAAGCUUCCUGAAAAAUUAAUACCUUGUGGUCUGUGUUUAUUGUACCCCCCGACAACAAAGUUGUAAGGGGGUGUAAACUGGUUUCAGAUUGUCUGUCUGUCUGUCUGUCCGUAGACGCAAUCUUGUGCGCACCAUCUCUCCUUAUCCCCUUGACAGAAUUUAAUGAAACUUCACACAAGUGAUCAGUACCAACAGUAGUUGUGCAUGGGGCAUGUUAGGUUCUUUUAGAAAAAAAAUUUGCAGAGUUAUGGGACUUUUGUUUUUUUGUUACUAUACUAUAUACAUAGACACAAUCUUGUGCGCACCAUCUCUCCUCAUCCCCUUGACACAAUUUAAUGAAACUUCACACAAGUGAUCAGUACCAACAGUAGUUGUGCAUGGGGCAUGUUAGGUUCUUUCAGCGACAAAAAUUGCAGAGUUAUGGGACUUUGUUUCUUGUUAACAUACUAUGUACAUACAGUCUGCAUAUGCAAUCUUGUGCGUGCCUAAUCUACCAAACCCUUGCACACAAUUUAAUGAAACUUCACACAGGUGAUCAGUACCAACCCUAGUUGUGCAUGGUGCAUGUUACAUUCUUUUAGAUAAAUAUUCUGCAUAGUUAUGGGACUUUGUUUUUGUUACUAUACUGUAUUAUACAUACAGUCUAUAUAAAUACAGUCCACAUAAUUAUGCAGUCUUGUGUGCGUCAAAUUGCAAUGUACUGUGUCAGUGCAUGCGGGGGGUACAUUCAUCACCUUUAGUGAUAGCUCUAGUUCUGUUUGAGGUGACAAUAUAAAACAUUUUAUAGCAACUGUUUGUGCAAAUUGUCGAAAUAGAUUCAUUCAGUAUUUGAUAGAAAGAAAAGAAUAAGGUAACUUUUAAAUUGUUGCAUUCAUUUAUUUGUCAUGAAUAUUUGUUAUGGCUUGAUGAACAAUAUAUUUGUUAUAUUUUACAGUUUUUUGUUAUUCACGUACAUUUUGUAUAAUUUAGCCUUCAUAAUAAAGUUUUAUACUUUGCAA